AUGCACUUGCAGGAUCACGGGCCAGUUGACUCGCCGUACAUAACGCAUGUACAGAGAAAAGUUCCACACUGGCAUCCACCAGCUGACGUAUCGCAUGAGAAAGAAAAGGAACAAGAUAUAUCGAUGUCUACUCAAGACGCCAAGGUGCCAAAAUUUGUCAACUUUGUAACAGGAGGCAUGUCGGGUGUGGUAGCUCAGAUCGUGACGCAUCCUAUGGAUGUUCUUAAGAUACACAUGCAAAUGUCACGCGAGAGUUUACGUGACACGGCACUUCGUAUUCUUAACACGAGCGGAGCCUGCGGUUUUUACGCGGGAUUAAGUGCGGCUCUUCUCCGUCAAUUGACCUACACCACCAGCAGGCUUGGAAUCUACACCAUUUUACUGGAUAUCGGGGAACAACAUUUCGGUUAUUUAAAUUAUGUCACGAUGAUUAGUCUCGGGAUGAUAGCUGGUGUGAUGGGCUCUUUCGUCGGCACCCCCACUGACUUACUGUUCAUUCGUAUGGUGGCUGACGUGAAUUUACCACCAGAAAAGCGAUGGAAUUAUAAAAACGUUAUUAGCGGCAUCUUUAGUGUAUGGAAAGACGAGGGAUUUCCUGGAUUAUGGAGAGGAGCAGUGCCCACAAUGGGCAGAGCGGCGAUUGUAAAUGGAACGUUGUUAGCUACAUAUACAAGGACGAAGAUGAUGCUGCGAGAUACAGGUUAUUAA